GAGGCGGGGCGCUGUGCCGGGCCCGCCCGCAGCCGCUUUGCCGCCGCCGCCGCCGGGCCCCGUUCGCUGCCCGGGUGGGGGGCGGGAGAAAGGGAACAACCUGCCUUAUCUUGGUUGCAAAAUCUUGCUCACCUGACCAUUGAUCAGCGACUCUGCAGUGUGCUCAGUCACAGGAGAAGAGAGAUCUGAACCCAGGGGGCUGUGAAGAAGACAACUUUCCAGCUACUUUCGCCUCUGCAGCUUUUGUAAAGCUUCUGUGUUACUUAGUGUUCCUGGGUCUGCCUCCUCUCUCCCAAGAUGCUGAGAAGAGUCCUGUGUACCAUGUUGUUCAUGGGAGCCUUGCCAUCACCAGCUGAGAUGUCCCAGGGCCACAUCUCCGUGGUCUUGCUGGGAGCCACAGGUGACUUGGCCAAGAAGUAUUUGUGGCAGGGCCUAUUCCAGCUCUACAUGGACCAAGUGAGCAGUGGCCACAGCUUCACUUUCCACGGGGCUGCACUGACAGCUCUGGAACCAGGGCAGAAGCUGAUGUUUGACGUGCUGAAGAAGCUGGCCUGUCCCCGAGAUGAGGCUCCAGACAGGUGUGCUGUGCUGAAGGACCAAUUCUUGAAGCUGAGCCAAUACCACCAGCUGAAGACCGCCGAGAACUAUACUGUGCUCAACAGGGAGAUUGAGGUGCUGCUUCGCCAGGAGGGCCUGAAGGAGGCUGGAAGAAUCUUCUACUUCUCGGUACCACCGUUUGCCUACACGGAGAUCGCCCGCCACAUCAACAGCAGCUGCAGACCCCCUCCGGGUGCCUGGCUGCGUGUUGUGCUGGAGAAACCUUUUGGCCACGACCUGGAGUCGGCCCAGCAGCUGGCCGCAGAGCUGACGAGCUUCUUCAGGGAAGAGGAGAUGUACCGGGUGGACCACUACCUGGGCAAGCAGGCUGUAGCCCAUAUCCUGCCUUUUCGAGACCAGAACCAGCAGUUUCUGGAUCCAAUCUGGAACCGACAUCAUGUGGAAAGAGUGGAGAUUGUCCUGAAGGAGACUGUGGAUGCUAAAGGCCGCACCAGCUUCUACGAGCAGUACGGAGUCAUCCGGGAUGUGCUGCAGAACCACCUCACUGAGGCCCUGAUGUUCCUGACCAUGGAGCUCCCAGCCAACCUGAGCAGGACCGAAGAAGUCUUGCGGUGCAAGCUGCAGGCCCUCCGGUCCUUGCAGGGCCUGGAGAAACACAGUGCUGUGUUGGGUCAGUAUCAGGCAUAUGCCAGCCACGUGCAGGAGGAACUGAAGAAGGGACAGGACUACGUCAGCACGACACCAACCUUCGCAGGUGUGCUUGUUCAGAGUGACAGCCUACGUUGGGAAGGGGUCCCUUUCCUCCUCACUUCUGGAAAAGCCCUGGAUGAACGGGUAGGUUACGUCCGUGUUCUCUUCAAGAACCGGGCCUACUGCACACAGAGCGAGACACUGCGGGAUGCAGGGCACAGCCAGUGUAAAGCCAAGCAGAUCAUCUUCUACAUUGGACAUGGCGCACUCAACACCCCUGCAGUGCUUGUGAGCAGGAACCUUUUCAGGCCUGUCAUGCCAAAAAGCAGUUGGAGAGAAGUUGUGGGUCAGCCAGACCUGCAUGUUUUUGGACAACCGCUGUCUGAUUACUAUGUGUACAGCCCUGUGAAGGAGAGAGAUGCUUAUUCUGUCCUUAUUUCCAACAUAUACCAUGGCAGGAAGGACUUCUUCAUCACCACUGAGAACUUGCUGGCCUCCUGGGCCUUCUGGACACCGCUGCUCAACAGCAUUUCUCACCAGCCCCCACGCCUCUACCCUGGUGGGGUGGAGAACCAGAACCUCUUGGACUUUGAAAUGGUGAGCGGGGAGCUGGUGUUCACAGCAGCAGAGCCGGUGGAACUGCUGAACCCCGACAGGUCGAUGCCAAGUGAUUUCAAGACAAUCCAGUCCAAAUUUCGGCAAAGCCCCCUGGUGUCAGCGUGGUCUGAGGACCUGAUUUCCCAGCUGGCUUCUGAUGUUGAGAAGGCAGCAAACAGGGCUGUGGCAGGCUUUGGGCAGUUCCACCUGGCCCUGUCCGGUGGCUCAAGCCCCGUGGCCCUAUUCCAGCGGCUGGCAAGACACCAUUAUGCCUUCCCGUGGAGGCACACCCACAUCUGGCUGGUGGAUGAGCGGUGCGUCCCGCUCACUGACCCGGAGUCCAACUUCUUCAACCUGCACAACCACCUCCUGCAGAGCAUCAGGGUGCCCUACUUCAACGUCCACCCCAUGCCCGUGCACCUGAACCAGCGGCUCUGUGUGGAAGAGGAUGGAGGCACGGAGCUGUAUGCCAAGGAGAUCGUGGCCCUGGUGGCCAAUUCCAGCUUUGACCUGGUGCUGCUGGGGCUGGGCACUGACGGGCACACCGCCUCGCUCUUCCCGGACUCUGAAAACGGCCUGGAAGGGACUCGGGCCGUGGUGCUGACCGAAAGUCCCGUCAAACCUCACCAAAGGAUGAGCUUCAGCCUAUUCCUCAUCAACAAGGCCAGGCAGGUGUUUGUGCUGGUUGUGGGGAAGGGCAAGCACGAUAUCACCACCCAGAUCAGCAGGGUGGGCCGUCAGCCAAGGAAGUGGCCUAUUUCAGGUGUCAGCCCCAGCUCUGGCCAGCUGGUGUGGUAUGUGGAUUAUGAAGCUCUGCUUGGGUGAUGUCCUCCGUGUCCCUCCUCCCUCGUCUGCCUGGAUUUUCCUACACAAUGUCCAUGUUUUCCUGUUACCAGCAGCAGCUUCAUCUCUGACGGGCUCCUGUAACCUUCUGGGAAACGGGUGGCCUGUGGUGCCUCUGACACUUGAGCUCGGCUCAGUGUGCAGAGCUAAGCAGGAGCCCAGGCAGCAUUGCUGGCUCUGCCAGACUCUGACUGUGGCUUUGGACAUGUUACCUCACCUUGAAGUGCCUCAGUUUCCCCUCUCAGGACUUUAUGGUUAUUAAUGUUGAACUACCUCGCAGGCACAAUGGGAGACUUGUUAAAUUAAGUACCUGCCAUUUUUUUUGUUGUUUUUUGAUUCUCAGGUUUGAAGACAGUAAUGACAUCUCCGUCCUCUGCCCGGCUCUGCCUGGGACACUCAUGGCCUCGGCAAAAUGAGUCUCAUGUGCACGUGGGUCUGCAGUCUUGUCCGUGCAGCCUGUUGUGCUGUCAGCCAGCCACUGGCCUUGGCUGGGCUCUCUUGGAGCUUUUGUGGCUUGUGGCCCCUAAAUGCUGACACCAAUUUGUGAGCUCGCUGUAGUCCUGGGUCUUCACCAAUUGCCAAGCAGCAGGGGCUGAGUCUAUACACAGUAAUUUGCUGCUUUCCUUAAGUGGAUAGCUGGUAUCAUGGGGGAUGGAGAAGGAAACCACACUGCUUUUUAGGCUGUUAGAAUAAUGGGGGCAGGCUGAGGAACAUGGCAGUUCACAAAGCUGUUAGUUGCCUGCAGUGCAAUAAUUACUGAGGGAAAAGCUUGUUGUUCAGGGUAGUUGUUUGUGUUUAGCCAGCAAAGGAAUGGUCUUUUCCUUAAUUGUCCUCUGUCUUUGUUUCAUUCUCUGAAACAAUUUUUCUCUGUCCACAGAAUUGAAGCUUGCAGUGCCAUUCAGAGGCUUAUAAAAUUUCUGAGGGAAGCAGCUUUAAAAACUACCCAUGUGUCCCUUGUUACAGCACACAUUAAGGUAGUUAUGGUGUUUGGGGAUGGUGGUCUUGGGGUUUCAGCUCAAGGACGCUGACUUACAAGGAGAGGGAAUUUUCUCCGAACAUCUAUUUUGGGCACACAGAACUAACAUGCUGCAUCUCUGUGUAGACAGGACAAGGUUAAGUGAUUAUAGAAAUGUGUAGUGCAGCUGCUCAUGGGAAGGAGGGUUGGAGACAUCCAGUCCUACCUAGAGACCGUGCUCUUUUCGUCCUAAUUUUUACUUUCCCAGAAUGCUGCCACAAACAAAGGCUGUCUCUGCUUUCAUGAUAUACCCAAGUACUCCGUGACCUUCUCUAAUGGGUAAGUUGCUGCAGCAUGCCAGAGUGCAGCUUGUAGAAAGGAAAUCAAGAUGGGAGGACGUGGGCUGAUGAUCCAUGUGGAGGCUUGGAGACAAACUUGCUCACACGGAGUGGCCCCACGAAGAAGCUGGAGCUUGGAUGUGGUCCUGGCUCCCAGCAGCAAGGAUGCGGCAUAGGAGCAGAGGCCACUUCCAAAGGGAUCUUUGCCUUCCUCCUGUGAAUGCUGGAUUUGCUUCCACAGAGAAGGAGCUGCUGGAUGGGUUGGGGGUGACUCAGGGACUGAGAUGCUGACACGAGGUGGCGCCCCGACCCCAAGGAGCAGCAGUAAGCUGUGUGGUCUGGGGUGGCGCCAGGCCUGGCCGCCCUUCCAGGCCCCUGAGGUAAAGUAGGGUCCUCAGGAGCUGGGCCCGCGGGCCUGGUGACCCUUCAGGGACCUGCAAGUCUGCAGGAUGGGGAAGGAAGGGGACUUUGCUUUAGACAGCUGGGCAUUGGCCUCAAAUCUCCCACACAGGGGAUCUGCUGAAUCCUAGUGAUGAGGAUGGAAAUCAAGGUGCAAAUAGCUGCUGUGGCCUGGCAGCACGUGAAGCAAGGCGGACAGGUCCAUCCAACCUGUGCUCCUCCCAGGUUCUCAAGACCUUGCCUUUCAGUUUAAUGCAGAGAAAUCAGAAUUUUUAUUUGCUACUAAUUGCGCAGAUAAAAGUGCAGUGAGCAAGCCCCAGAGAGCCUGCUACUUGUCAGCAGUCCCUAGGAAAGCAGGGCCAGGGAGAUACAAGCUGACAGAAGCUACGGGCAGCAGGAAAAGGGCAGGUUCUCAGGGACUAGCUGCGAUUUCUGGCAGCCCCCAGCCCCACAAGGUUCAGAUGGUCUAGCAAAACUGCAUUUUGCAUACUGUAUCUGACUAAGCUGAGCUGAGUUGCACUGAUGCACAUCGCUUUGCAUGGGAAGAAAUGGGACUUGUGGUGGUGUAGCUGCCGCAAAAGCUCACAUAGAGAAGAGGCACGAGUGCCUGAACCGGUUAUCCAUUUUUACGUGUGUGCUUAUGAAUAAGUUCAUUGCUGCCUGUUUCUCAGUUGCAGGCAGGCUUAAUUACCAGCACAAACACCCAAGGGUGAAAAUAAAUAGCAGGGGAAGAAGGUGGCAUGGGAAAGCAGGAGGAAGGCGAGCCCUGCAGGCUCCUUGGAGCAGGACUUGCUGGAUAAGUGGAGUCUGGAAUAAGAGCACGUGCCUGAGGAGUUAACUGCAAUAACUCUUCUGGAAUAACUCUUUUUGUAGACGAGUGCUAGCAGACACUGGCUCCAAAAUAUACCACAGUGGCUGAAACAGCUGUGCAGAGGAAGAUGUUUUAGGUCUGGUAUGUCCAUAAAUUUAAACAGCAUUUUUCUUCUUUAAACAAAAGUAGCCAUGUAAACUUCAAUCUGGUUCUUGGGUGUUUGGGGUGAGGGAACAAGUUUUAAGGAAAAACUGACCUACGUGAGAAUAAGCUUAUUGUUACACAUGACAGCUUGUUCCUACCUUACAGAUAACUGUGGCAUUGGUAUUUUCUUGUUUCUGCACACUGUUUUUAAUAAUUGUCCAGCACCUUUUGAAAUAAACACUUUUUUUUUUUUUUAGAAGGGGGUUGUUUGCACUCUUAAAUAAGCUUUUUCUUUUUUCCUCAGAGAGCAGCUGUUCUUUACAGCAAAAAAAAGGGUUCGUUUGGGAAGUCUCUAAUAGAUCACCCCCAAAUUCAUCCUGGAUUUUAUGAAAACCCAGUUAAAACGUACAUGUUUUCCUCAUUGAACAUAGCUGACUGGGUUGUUUGUGUUUUUCUAGCACUGUAUAUUUAUUCUUUUUUCCUCAGACAUUCCUUUUAAACUCUUUAAUACUUAGCACUUGCCAAAUGAGAAAUAACUAUUUUGUAAUGUAUAAAAAUUGUGACUGGUACAGGGAGAGACUGCGGAUGGGAAGAAGGGUGAAAUUAUUAACAAAUCUGUUGGAGAAGAAUGGUAGAAAUCCACUGGGCUGUAGGCCAGGGAAGCAGUGCUAUUUUUAUUUUCUAAAAGCUAUUAAUAGGAGAUGUGCACCUUCUUGAGAGCUUGAGUAUUAACCUUUCUUUGCAGAAGCAAGUCCAUGGAGUAACUACUUAUUGUUUGUUUCCCAUAAGUGAUUAUUGAUAACAAAUUUAUUUUAUUUUUUUUGAAAUGGCAAAUAAUUUCUUCAUUGCAUUCCUGUAAUUCAAUGGUGUGAUAUUUACUGUUUUACAGAAAACUAACACUGGAAUUCACUUUUUCUCACUUUUAUAAAUCGAGCUGUAAAAUCUUAUUUUUCCAUGAGUAAAUUUUGUGAUUCCUUUUGUUUUGUGUAAUGAAUAGAGAAUUAUAUUUAUAAAAAUAUUUUUU